CUAUAAAUAUAAAACAAAGGCUAAUAUUUCUGGGUAGGCAGCUGGGCAGCACAGACGUCGACUCCCAUGGCUGGUCCAGCGUCGAGGAGCAGCGCCCAGAAGGCCCCUUCAAGCCGGUCAGGACUACUCAGAUGCAUUGCCAUCACCAUACUUGUCCUGGUCGUCUUGACUGGCCUCGCUGUACUCAUCAUCUGGCUGGUAGUCAACCCCAGAAGAUUUCAGUACACCAUUGAAGAUGGGUUGGUUCAUGGCUUCGAUCUGAACCACAACCAUCUCAAUGCUUCCUUCGACUUUGCCAUCAGGGCCUACAAUCCGAACAGUAAGGUCUCUCUGUACUAUGACUCCAUCGAGGUUUAUGUGGCCUAUGACGAUCAGACCCUCGCCAUGGAUGUCGUCAAGCCAUUCUUCCAACCUCAUCGCAAUGCCACCCGUCUCGAAGUGAAGCCCGUGGCUCGGUCAGUGCCUCUACUGGAUUCUGUUUCCGAGGAUCUCCGGCUUGAGAAAACGUCUGGAGAUGUUGAGCUAGUGGUGCGUGUUAAGGCCAGAAUUCGGUUCAAGGUUGGUGCCUGGAAGUCAACGAAGUGCACCAUGAAGGCGACGUGCUCGCCCGUCGUGCUGCACUUGUCCUCGUCGAAGGUGUUCGACCGGACAUACUGUGACGAAGAUUUUUAAAGGGUGGUGAUCUCCAUGUUUCGAGCAUUAUUUUGAAUUUGUUCCUUGAAGCAGCAGCGCCUUUUUCUAUUUUUUUUUUCUCUCACUGUUUGGUUGGUUGAGCAAAUGGGGUUUGAUUUUAUUUGGUUGUUUGUUCGAUUUGUACGUAGGUCUCUAGCUUUUUGUGUUUUUGUUUUAUCAACGUCUGUUAAUAUAGUUUUUAAUUUGCUAGCUGGUUUCCAAAGCCUCCCACUCUCUAGCCUUGAACAAGCAGAGAGCAUUUGGAUUUGGACUCAUUGUUUUCUUGUAUUAACAGUACAAAAAUUGAUCUACUCUUUAAUUUCAGACCA